AUGAAUGGAGGAUCUCUCAAAAAAACCAAGAGCCUCUUUACUAAACUCCUGGAACAAUUCACACCCACAAAAUGUCUCAAAAAAACCAAACAAUUUCAUGCCCUCAUGGUCACUUCAGGCCUUCAAUCCACCAACUUCCAAUUCCCCCUCGUCACUGCCAAAGCGCAGUGCGGUCGCACUUCUUACGCACGCAAACUGUUCGAAGAAAUGCCCAAGCGAAACUUGUUCUUUUAUAACACCUUGAUAAAGAUGUAUUCACGUAAUGGUUCGUCGUAUGAUGCUCUUAACCUCUUUGUUGAAAUGCUCAGGUUUGAAGUGUGCCGCCCUGAUAAUUAUACGUACCCUUUUGUUAUUAAAGCGUGUAGUGACGUGGGUUUGCGCAAAUUGGGCGUUGCAUUUCAUGGGAGAACGUUGGUUGAUGGGAUUGAUAUGGAUGGUAUUGUGCAGAAUUGUUUGAUUGCAAUGUAUAUGAGUUUUGGAGAGGUAGAGGUGGCGAGGAAGGUGUUUGAUGCAAUGAGGGACCGCAACGUGGUGACGUGGAAUACUAUGAUAAGUGGGUACUUUAGGAAUGGGUAUGCUAGGCAAGCUUUGACGGUUUUUGAUUGGAUGGUGAAGAGUGGACAGGAGCCUGAUUGUGCUAGUGUGGUUUCAGUGUUGCCUGUGUGUGGUUAUUUGAAGGAAGUUGAUGUGGGGAGAAGGGUUCAUGCCUUGAUGGAAAAUGGAGAUUUAGGGAAGAAAAUUACGGCGUGGAAUGCGUUGGUUGAUAUGUAUGUGAGGUGUGGUAAUUUGAACGAAGCACAGGUGGUUUUUGAUCGGAUGAGUGAGAGGGAUGUAAUUACAUGGACGUCAAUGAUUAAUGGGUACAUUUUGAAUGGGGAAGUGAGGAAUGCAUUGGGGCUUUUUCGUAUGAUGCAGUUCGAAUGGGUGAGGCCUAAUUCAGUGACAAUAGCAUCACUUCUUUCAGCUUGCUCCAGUUUUCUUUAUCUGAAGAAUGGAAGGUGUUUGCAUGGGUGGACAAUAAGACAAAAGCUUGAGUGUGAGGUAGUUGUGGAAACUGCAUUGAUUGAUAUGUAUGCAAAAUGUAAUCGUGUUGAACUCAGCUUCCGAGUGUUUGCAAGAACAUCAAAAAAGAAAACAGUACCAUGGAAUGCAAUUUUGUCGGGGUGCGUUCACAAUGGGCUCACAAGAGAAGCUGUGGAACUUUUCAAACAAAUGCAGAUGGCAGCGGUACAACCUAAUGAUGCAACCUUAAACAGUCUUCUUCGGGCAUAUGCCAUUCUUGCAGAUUUGCAGCAAGCAAUGAAUAUACAUGGUUAUCUAAUAAGAUCUGGAUUUCUUUCAAACGUAGAAAUUGCUACAGGGCUGAUUGAUAUAUAUUCCAAGUGUGGGAGUCUAGAAUCUGCCCACAAGAUUUUCAGUGGGAUUUCCACAAAGGACAAAGAUAUUAUACUAUGGAGUGUAAUAAUUGCUGGUUAUGGAAUGCAUGGAAAUGGUGAGGCUGCUGUUUCACUGUUCAAAGAAAUGGUUCAAUCUGGGAUGAAACCAAAUGAUGUUACCUUUACUUCAGCUUUGCAUGCAUGCAGCCACUCUGGUCUGGUCGAUGAGGGCUUGGAUUUGUUUAAAUUCAUGCUUGAAAACCACCACCCAAGCCCUUGUGCUGAUCACUACACUUGCAUUGUUGAUCUUCUUGGUAGAGCAGGUCGACUGGAUGAAGCUUAUGAUCUGAUUAGAACAAUGCCUCUUAAGCCUACUCAUGCUGUUUGGGGUGCACUGCUUGGUGCUUGUGUAAUACAUGAGAAUGUUGAAUUGGGAGAGGUGGCUGCAGAGUGGCUAUUUGAGCUUGAGCCAGAGAACACAGGGAACUAUGUAUUAUUGUCAAAGAUUUAUGCUGCAGUGGGAAGGUGGAAAGAUGUUGAGAAUGUGAGAGAUAGGAUGAACGAGAUAGGAUUAAGAAAAACACCAGCUCAUAGUUUAAUCGAGGUUAGGAAUAUGUAAGGUACAUGAUUGUUUAUGCUUCAGAUGUGUUAAGCAUCAGGGUGAACUCAUGUAUCCAUGAAGUGGAAAAGUUCAAUCAUAAGUGAUAUUAAUACCAAAUUGAAGAGUAUGAGAACAGUGAACGCUACUGCAAUGUUUGGAAGACUCAUUGGUGGAGCUGAAGGAAACUCCUUUUAAAAUAGUCUUUCUUUUUUUUCUGAAGAGACUAUUGAACAUCAAUAACUAUGUAUUUAGGAUGGAAAUGCCUCUAUAUCAUUGAAACUAAGAUUGUGUUACUGCUGUUGUCUCAACUACAUCGGUAUUGCUGAUGGACAAGGCGACUGGUUUGUCAUAGCACUUUUGCAGCACAAGGAACCAUUUCCUUCCAUCCCUCGUGGAAAUGUAUGGAUGAUGGGAGUGUUUCAGGUGAAAGAAUGGUCAUUUUUACUUAGAAUAGGCAAUUCAAGUGUUGGAAGGAAAACAAACAGAUGAAAACAAUGGACACGCCAUGUAGUAAGUGGAAGUUUUAUCUGCA